AAAGAAAGUGCUCUUUCAUUGUUCUUGUCCUCGAUGUACAUUAACUAUGGUUGCCACUCUCAAUAUAAGCCUUCAAUCUCUUAUUCUCCCAUCAUCACUAGUCCUCUCUCAACCUUUAAAUCAACUGGCGCAGGCCGCUACAACUCGACGCUAGGCCGUUAACGACUCCAAGCCACAAAUUCACGUUUAUUUAAGUUAACCUCAAGUGGCAAAUCGAGUAUGGUUUUCGGGAGGAUACUCCAGCUCGCCCUCUUUCUUUCUUUGACGAUAACCGUGGUGAAUGCCCACAUAGUAGCGUGGUCGAAAGGCAUGUAUUGCUUGAAUGGCACAACGCCAGGAGAAGAUAACGGGAACAAUAAUGCACCUGUCUCGCCACUUUUCAAGCUGAAGAAGAAGGAUUGGUGGAUGCAUCACAUCAAUAAAUGUGACGAGUUCCCGCCUGCACCCGGAGACUUCCUCGAAUUACCUGCAAACGGAAACUUCACCGUUGAGCUCGCCACCAAUCGUGCUUUUACUACUCUAAGCGGUGGGCAAAAGGUUGGUGCCUUUCCUGGACCGCUGACUGGCGGUAGUGCUGGUGGGUUGGCGAGUAUAGCUCAGGCAGCGGGAGAGGAGGGCACAUUCAAGAUUGGUCAAGAAGGAGGAGAGGACGAGGUUCCCGGCUGUAUAGUCGAUCCUAACAUGCACACUCAAAACGAGACUAUGGCAUCCGGAACAGCCUUUGCAAUCUCGUAUACGUCUGACCUCAGUAAGGUGACACCGGAAAACCUAGUUGUGUUUUCCGUGCUAGAACACACUCCCUUCAGACGCCUCGCAACAUAUCAAGUACCAAAUCUUCCGGCCUGUCCAGAAGGAGGAUGUAUCUGCACCUGGGGCUGGAUCCCGAACGGAUGUGGGCAACCCAACAUGUACUUCUUCCCUUACAGAUGCAAGGUCACAGGCACCCCUGGCUCUCGUCCUCUCGCGUUACCAGCCAGACCCCCCACUUGGUGCGACAUGAACUUGCCUCAGCUGAACAGCUCGACUGUCUCUUCAUCCGCGUCGAACUCCACGGCAACUGCAAUUUCACCUUUCAUUGAGAUUUCGACUAUACAAGAUGACGAGCGCCUAGGUCCAUGUUAUCGCGGACCUAAGCAAAUGUUGGUUUGGAACCAGCUGGAGGGUGAUAACAUUGAAGUAUUGGAAGGAGAAUUGGGGGAGAAACUCGGUAGUCCGGGGUACAAUGAGAAAGUUGGAUUUAGGUCAGGUGCUCAAAACGAUAUCUUCGCGCUCGAUGGCAAACUACCGCCCGAAACGAACCCCCCUCUAUCCCCAGUCAGUGUACCAAGUUUAUCCACCAGUGUCGUCUCCUCGUCCAGGACCACUUCCGUCGUUGCCUUUACCCUAACUUCGUCGAGUACUCUCAGUACCGCGUCUACCUCCGUCAUAACCUCUUCUUCCCCCCAUAUCUUGAAUACCGUCACCACGUCUGUCAUAACCUCUUCCUCUAAACCGUUGUCGGUUCCCACCACGUCGCUUCCUUCUUCAUCUACACCAAGCAUGACCACGAUCCGCUUAGUGAGCGGGAUUCCUACGCUCACUCGCACUGCGGAAGAUAGAAGUACAACCAGGGAGGCAUCUAGCGCUGUCAGGCUAGUUGCUGACCGUCGCAUUAGGCUCGUUUUGACGGUACUAUCGAGUGGUUUGGUGGGGUUGGUUUUGUCUUCCUGAAUAUCAUCACUAUGAAUAUCACGUAGCACUCGAGCUAGGCUGGAACUGUGCUUAUACAUAACCUAUUUCACGACCUUUUCACAAUCUACUUUCUUUUACCUCGGACUAUUGUCUUUUAUCCUACGUGUAACAUAGGGCCGUAAUGGCACUAAUGUCGUUAUUUAUAGCUAUUAUAAUCCGAUACCAUUAACA